AUGAAGAUUACGGAUCGUCUACUCGAUUUAUUGGGAGACUGGAAAAUCCCAUUGCCUAUUCCUGGCUGUGUCUUCGAGGAUUUCGGAUUUGCUACGGAUGACUAUGGAUUCACUGGGCCCUUACGGGAAAAUUCGGAUCUGCCAGCAAUCCUAAUUCUAAGUACGUCUAUGACGAGUGGAUGGGGACUUGGUGAAUGGGUUUUUCGAACAAGGAUUGCGGAUUUUCAAAAUAUGCGGCGACCGAUUCCAAACUUUGCAUAUUUGACAGCAGGGAUGAAAGUUGAAAUCAAUCAGGUAUCGAUUAGUGGAUGGUGUGCGGUGAUGCGACGCAACAGUCUAACGAUGAAGGCAUUGCGGGACGUGAUAUUCAACGGGUUGCAUUUGGGACCCAAUUACAAGUUUGCUCAAAUCUACUUGCGUAUCGGCACAAAUGAUGUGAAGGGCCUGUGCACCUUCAAGUAUUAUGACGUCCGUUUUCCAACUUUUGAAGCCUUUUACAAAGAAUAUGAGCAGUUCAUGGGAAAUCUCGUAAAGGCCUUUGCUUGCAACGUGUUUGCUUUGGUAGCAGCUCCGCCUUCUGCAUCACCAUUAUUGGAGAGACCUACAAGUGUGGCGUUGGAUGCUGACCAAAAUGGCUUACCAUUAGUACCUUUGAGGUGCUUGGAUAAUGUUGACCUUGUGGAGGAAGAAGAUAGGGAGAGAGCUGGUCGCAUUUAUCUAAACGAAAUUUACAGGCGAUUAGCAGGUAUUGAUGGGGUCAUGAACGUUGUUGAUGCAGAAAGAAAUCUGGGAUGGAUCGCUCUGCCUACACCCAUUGAUGGGCUGAGGGCGUAUAGCAGUGGACGUGGAAAAUUAACAGAUUUUGGGCACAUUACACCUUCUGGUUACCUGAUUUUUGCUAAGUAUCACUGCAUUUCCAUGUGGCGUGGGAUUCGAAUGUUACCAGGCUAUGAAAAGGUAGUGGGACGAAUCUGCUCAGGCCAAUACCCUAGACGGCUUGAUGAUGGAACAGUGGCAGUGGGUGUUGCUCCUGAUAAUCUGCACGGGCAUAGUGGAUCUUUUGGACCAGUUUCAGACUGCGUUGGACCAUUAGUUCCCACCGGAAAUAUUGAUCUUGCCAAGUUACGAAAGUUCGACUUUGACGAAUGCUUCCUGACUGACGCUGCUACAAGUAACGCUCGGAGUCAGUCAAAAAUUGAAGUUGGGGACAUAGUGCGAAUUCGAAAUGUGAAGGGGACCAGAAUCGUCGUAUCCCGAACUCCUACUGGUUUUUGGACGGUUGGUUUUGGAGGUCAACUGUACGUGGAGUCAAGUGAUGUUGUACUUGCUUCUGAAACUGUUUGUUUGAUGGGUGAUGAGUAG